GUCUUAUGUAGCCCAGGCUGACCUCAAAGUUGCUAUGUAGCUGAUGCUAAACUUGAACUCCUGAUUCUUUUGCCUCCAACUCCCAAGUGAUAUGAUAGAUUACAGAUGUACGCCACACGCAGCAAGAUCCCUCUUCCAAUGGCAGAGAAGAGACACCAACAGUGGAAGAAAACUCAGCCAGCUGAGUGAAGUGGAAACACUCAGCCCUGCCUUCUCUGGGACCCCCUCCUCUGCUCUGAAGCCAUGCUGAAGGAAGUACUGGAGGCUAAGAGCAAAAACAUUUUCCACAUGUGUAUUCGUGUUUUGUCUCCACAUUUGUAUGUGCACUACAUGUGUGCCUGCUGCUCAUGGAGGCCGGAGGAGGGCACUAGGUCUCCUGGAAUUGGGGUUACAGUGGUUGUAAGCUUGUGUGAGAUGCUAGAAACCAAGCCCAGGUCCUCUGCAAGGGUUACAGGGGCAGUCCCUAGGUCAUUCUCACACUAGAGUCCUGCCAGAAUCUAGUGGAGCAUGAGCUAGCAAAAGUGUCUAAGCUAACACUGAGGGGUCUCCAUGUGCCUGUGCAGUGUGCUUUGCUCCCACCAGCUAGGGAACGGGCAUUUCAGGUGGGGAUCAGGCUGGCACCCCUCACUUUCUCCAGUCCCCACAACCUAAACAAGAAACUCCUGUCAUCCCGAAGUCCUGAGGUCAGACUCGAGGCCACAGUACAUGGGACAGUGCCAGGCACAGAUCAGUGCUGUGGGGAACAGGGCUGUUUGCUGUUCACUGGAUUCCAGGAAGGCAGACCACAGCAGUGUGCGCCCAUCCCCACCCCCACCCUACCCCCAGCACACCCUGUCUCAAACACCAUAGCCCAGUUUCCCUCUUGAUAUCUAUCCCUUCUCCUUACUCUCUGCAUGUAUGUGUGGUGUAUGCACGUUUGUGUGUGUAUGUGUUUGCCUGUGUGUGCAGGCCAGAGGCUGGCGUGAGGCAUCUUCCUCUAUCAUUUUUCUGCCUUUUAUUUCUUUUAUAAAAUUUUUUUAAAGAUUUAUUUUGUUUUAAUUUCAUGUGUAUUUGUGUUUUGUCUCCACAUUUGUAUGUGCACUACAUGUGUGCCUGCUGCUCAUGGAGGCCGGAGGAGGGCACUAGGUCUCCUGGAAUUGGGGUUACAGUGGUUGUAAGCUUGUGUGAGAUGCUAGAAACCAAGCCCAGGUCCUCUGCAAGAGCUGUAACCUCUUCACCGCUGAGCCAGCUCUCCAGCCCAGUUCUUCUUUUCAUCAGGGUUUAUCACUGAAACUGGUGCUCGCUGAGGAGUUAGUCUGGCUGGCUAGUGCUAAGACUCCAUGAUCCUCCUGUCUGUGCCUCCCAGGGUUAGAAUUAUAGGCAUAUGCUAUACAUGUGGCUUUUUAUGUACUUACACUGAUCAAAACUAAAGUCCUCUAUCCGUUUACCCACUGAGCCAUCUUUCCAAUUCCCACUUCUUUUCUCUUCUUUUCUCUUCUUUUCUUUUCUUUUCUUUUUUUGGUUUUUCGAGACAGGGUUUCUCUAUAUAGCCCUGGCUGUCCUGGAACUCACUUUGUAAACCAGGCUGGCCUCAAACUCAGAAAUCCACCUGCCUCUGCCUCCCGAGUGCUGGGAUUAAAGGCAUGCGCCACCACGCCCGGUUACUUCUUUUCUUUUUAACCUCAAUACAUGCCCAAAUGAGUGGGGACUUGGUCCCCGCCUGUGUUCACCCUAGGUAACUGAGGCAUCUUCUCAGAAGGAUGAAAGGCUAUGUAUGCCAGGCUCCGCAUGAGCUGGGUCCCCUCCAGAGCCUGGAGUGUUGAGCUUUAGGCUGUUACAGCCUGGAGAGCCCAAGGGAGCGAGGCAGAAGACAACGCCAGCCGGGACUGGGCUUCUGCCGUCAAUUCUACAAUCAAGCCAGUUCAUUAAAGAGGGAGGCAGGAGGCAGCGCUCCACCGGCAAGAACCUACACAGGAGACAAUAUCAAACCUUUGUUUCUUGCUGGGCCUCUAGAAGGUUCUAUUUAAACCUCCAAAUACUGUCCAUUCAAUGUGAUGGGUCUGUGCAUGAGACUGGGUGUCACAAAGGGUCAUGACGUUCUCAAGCUGCCUGACAGUGCUGUCACCACUUGGCCUCUAGCCCAUGCCACCCAGGGCUGAGAGCUAGCUUUCUAUGGGAGCCUAUAGUUCUACUGAAAGCACGGCCUCCUUCCUCAUAGGACUGUCAGUCUCCUCCCCAAACACAGUGUGGCCCAAGCAGGUGCUCCCUGACGCCUGUCCAGACUGCACAAUGGCUGGGGGGUUCCCUGUGGCCUGCAGCCAUCUCUCCUCCCCACCCCCUCCUCCAGCGCCUAGGAUGGCCUCCAAGACCCACUGCUGUGGCCUGGGUGAGAUCUCCCUCCCCACAUACACCCUGUUUGCCACAGGGCCUGGCAGUGAAGUGGCGUUAGAGGAGGAAGUGAGUCAGCUCCUUACAGAAAUGGGAAUGGGAGGGAGAAGAAAUGAGAUCAGGGGACAAAGGGCACAGGAGCUGCAAAGGUCACCAAGAAAGGAACCAGGCCCUGGAAAUGUUGAGCAGACAGAUAUGGUUGACAAACUCAGGAGAGUCACCUCCUGCUGUGAGGGGGGGCAGUGGGACAGAGAACCUGGUGCUGGUAGGCAGGCCCCACCUGAGGAUGGAAUCUGAGGCUACUCCCCUUCCUGUUUCAUGUCAGGGCUGGACAAGGCAAGGCCUUGUGGGAAAGGGCCAGCCUCCUCUCUCCUCUGGCUUCCUCUUUCCACUCCUGACUUCUUCAGUUCAGGUUCCUCGGGACCUGGCCAAGGGAAGGAGAGAUCUCCAGAUCGGCUUGUCAGGGCUGAAAGUCUACCAGCCUGAGAUCCAAGAGUAUAGCAGUUCCCACAGGCCUGGUGCUCCUGUUGCCCUCUCUGGGGGCCUCCGUACCCAUGUGGGAGCUGUCCCCAGGCCCCAGCUGGAAUUUGUUGCUGAGACUGGAAGAGGUCCUUACCAAGAACCUUCCCAGGCUGCCGACAUUCCAGCACGGAGGCAGCCUAGGGAAAACAGCAGGAGGGAAGAGGAAGCCUGCAGCCCAGGCCGCAUUCCAACCCCUCAGAGACCUGCAGACAGCCAGAUAGGCACAUUCCACUAGGGUCUCCUGGACCGGACAUUGUAGGCUCCCUUGUAACCUAAAUCUCCAGUGGCUCAUGGGGAUGCCCCUGAAGAGGCAGCAACUGGGUC